AUGGCUGACCGGCCGGCGACUACCUUCAGCACGUCUGCCUCGAGCAGUGUGGCAUCAUCGGCGCAUGGCGACUACGACAGCUGCACGGACAAUCCACCGCCACGUGUGCGAUCGAAUCGAUCGGUAUCCAUUUUGGACAACCGUGACGCAAAGGUAAAGAAGUUUUGUCCAUCCGACGAUACCGUCUUGAAGGAAAGCCUCCAAGUCCAGCAAAGUUCCAAGACCUGCGUGACGACCGCGACCACUCAGCUCAAAGUCCUGUGCCGCAAGUUUGCCGUCCUGUCGGAAAAAGUCAAACAAGAGGCCAAGAUGCGCGAAGACGCCGAGAAGGAAGUCCGCCGACUGAACGCAAUCAUUCAAGAUGCGACAAAUCCAUUGAUCACGUCGACGCGGUCGGAUGCACAGCAAUACCUCCGUGCGCAGAAGGACGAGUUGGCGGCCGUGCGGGACGAGCUGCGUCGAACGAAAGAAGAGUUGUAUCACGUCACGCAGGCCUACGACAGGCUUCGCGCCGAGUUGGAUCAGUUCCACCACCAUCCUCCACCGAUGCCGCAGCCCGUCCAUCACCACCAAGAGAGCAUGCUUGAUUCCCAAAUCCAAUGGGAUAGGGAGCAGUCAAGUCGCAUUCACGACACGUUGUCGUGCACGAUCGCGGAACUGCAUGACGAGCUCCAUGCGAAAGAGGUCGAAAUUGAAUCCCUGCGAGCGAGUGUGCAACGAGAGAAAGCCAAGCAAAGGGAAAUAGAGCAAAUGACCGCGUCGCUCGAAGCGCAAAAUAGCCAAGACAAGGACCAGUUGUCGAAAGUUACGCAAAGUUUGCGAGACAUGACGCUGAGCCAUGCGAACGAGAUCGAAAAGCUGCAUGUGGCACAGGACACCAUCAACGAAGAACGGACGGUCAAGGACGCUUUACAACAUCAAGUCUCAACGCUGCAUCAAGUCAAUGAUGCGUUGCAAAAGCGUUGUGAUGCUCUCGUCCGUCGCCAUCAGCUGAACGCGACCUUUCUCGCGGAAGCACAAGGGCUCAAGACCCAAUUAGCAGAGCUCGAGACACAGCACGAAGCGCUCGUGAAGGAUAUGCGCGACGCCAAGCAAGCUCAUUACCAAGACGUGGAAGCUCUCAAAGCCACGCUCCACGAAAGCCAGUCAGCGACUCAAGACGCGGAGAAGCGCGUGAUGGAACUGCAAGGCGAGCUCACGGCUGUGCGCAUUCAACACAACACCAUGUCCGAGUACAUGAUAUACGACCCCAAGCGAGCCCAACCGAUCCCAUCGACUGGCUCAGACAACCACAGAGUGGGGAGCCACUACUCCUUCCCCCGCAUCUCGCCUACGUGUGCUGGUCACCAUGCCCCGCCACCACUCCCCAUUCAGGGCCAUUCUCGCGCCCUUCACCAGUGUCGCAGCCGCAUCUUUCCGGUCCUCAGUGUCCCUCUUCCCACCAACCUCAGUCGAACAAUGUCCACGGGAUUCCCCAUCCAGGAUACCUCGCUCAAAGCUCGCAGGGGACCCCACAAAGCUACAGCGACUCCUCUAAGGCACUACGAUCCAGAGAAUGAACAGCCCAAAACCACAGAUCUUCACCACCACUCUGUGCCUUUGGUGACUGAUGCCGCCACAUCGCAACCUACCUUGGAUGGCCGAUCCAGUACAAUCAGCAGCACCCGCUCGACAGGAGCAAAUGCUUCAUCGAGCGCAUCAGACCACAGCAUCCUGCGUGCGCUAAAGAGUCGCAACAAGCAGCUGCAGGAGCGCCUGCAACAAGAAGCGGACGCGACGUUCCAACUCGAGGAAGAGAUCAACAUGAUCACGUCAUCGUAUCACACUUUGCUGCACCCCCAGGACAACUAA